AUGGAGGCUCUGCGGAGGGUUCACGAGGCCGCGCUCCGCCUGCUGCUGUGCGGGCCCUGGGCCUCGGGCGCCGCCCCCGGCCCGAAGCCCCGCGCCUCGGAGGUGCUGACGCGGCACCUGCUGCAGCGGCGCCUGCCGCACUGGACCUCCUUCUGCGUCCCCUACAGCGCCGUCCGCAACGACCAGUUCGGCCUCUCGCACUUCAACUGGCGCGUGCAGGGCGCCAACUACCACGUCCUGCGCACCGGCUGUUUCCCCUUCAUCAAGUACCACUGCUCCAAGGCCCCCUGGCAGGACCUGGCCGGGCAGAACCGGUUCUUCACGGUGCUCAAGGUCAUCAACCUCGGAAUUCCAACUCUGUUGUAUGGCCUUGGCUCCUGGCUAUUUGCAAGAGUCACAGAGACUGUGCAUACCAGUUAUGGACCAGUAACAGUUUAUUUUCUAAAUAAAGAAGAUGAAGGUGCCAUGUAUUGAAAAUUGUUCGUGGGAGAACAUAAAUAUCACUGGAUUUUCUCUUGUGUAUAUGUGCAAUAUUUAUUUUUGAUCCUUCAAAAUAAAACUUUUGCUAACACCUUU